CAACCCUAUUCUAGGGCUUGACACAGCCCGGUAGCUAAACGUCAGCGCCAGCAGGUGCCGGGCUGUGGAGGGCGGUUUCCUUUCUCUCAGGUGCGGAGUGCUGAACGUGGUUGCAUGGUUCGAAGCACUUGGCCCAUCGUCUUAUCUUAUCGGAUGGCGGGGUCCCUUUUUUCUGCCAGACCAAAAAAUAUUUGGGAACCGAUGCGGUGAGCGGCGGUUUUGGCGCUUGCAGAGGGGAAGGAAACCCGAGACGGAAGACAAGGCCGGCUCUUGUAACUGAUAACAAACACCAAUCCGUUAGCUCCGAGCGCGACAGCAUGCCCAAGGCUGCGAAGCAGAAGCGGGCGGCGGCCAGCAGCGGGCCCUACGACCGCAAAGCAUCCAAGGCCGCUGCCGCAAACAUAUUCCGCUUCGACAAGGAUUAUGGUCAACACAUUCUCAAGAACCCCGGCAUCAGCGACGCCAUCGUCGAGAAGGCUUUCCUCAAGCCCACCGAUGUCGUCGUCGAGGUCGGCCCGGGUACCGGCAACAUCACGGUCCGGGCCCUCGAGAAGGCAAAGAAGGUUAUAGCGAUCGAGCUCGAUCCGAGAAUGGGUGCCGAAGUCACCAAGCGCGUCCAGGGCGGCCCGCUCGCCAAAAAACUAGAGGUCAUCCUAGGAGAUGUCAUCAAGAUGCCUCAGAUCCCUCCGUGUGACGCCCUCAUCUCCAACACCCCCUACCAGAUUAGCAGCCCCCUCAUAUUCAAGAUGCUGUCCAUGCCCAACCCCCCCAGGGUUGCGGUGCUUAUGUUCCAACGAGAGUUUGCCAAAAGACUGGUAGCGAGGCCCGGCGAUGCGCUCUACUCACGCUUGAGCGUCAAUGUCAACUUCUGGGCCACAUGCAAACACAUCAUGAAAGUGGGAAAGGCAAACUUCAAACCACCACCAAAGGUCGAAAGCGAUGUUGUCAGGAUAGAGCCGCUGCUCGGGUCCGCGCGGCCAAAUAUUGCCUUCGAGGAGUUCGACGGCCUCCUUCGUAUUGCAUUCAACCGCAAGAAUAAGACGCUACGCGCCGCCUUCAGCAUCAAGGAAGUCCUCGCAUUGUGUGAACGGAACUACAAAAUCUACUGCUCCCUGAACAAUAUCCCCAUUGACGAAUCCAUCGUUGAUUCCGCUACCGCCACCGCCACCGACGAUGGCAUGGACGUUGACAUGGACGAUGACGAUGGCAAGGACGACGGGGACGACUGCGACGAUGGCGAGGACGGCGAAGGCGAAGCUGGCAACGAGAUGGACGAGGGCGAGGAUGACGACGACAUGCCCACCUUCUUCAAGGAAAUGAAGGAUGCCGAGGCUGCUAAAGAAGCCGCAAAGACGCCCAGCAAGAAUCCCAAGUCCAAGGUUGCCCUGGUCGUUAGGGCCAAGGUGGACAAGGUCCUGACCACUACCGGCCUGGGAGACAGGCGGGCGCGGCAAUGUGACCAGAAUGACUUCUUGAAGUUGCUUCUUGCUUUCCAUGAGGAGGGGAUCCAUUUCUCUUAAAAAGAGCGGAAAUACUAGUAGUCGUCUAUCGCACCAGGGUGGCGUUGCAGGCGUUCGGGAUUGGAAAAUUCAGUGGCCAGAAGGGGGGAGAUACCUAUAUUUACCCGUUGUGUUCUGUUAUGUUAACAAGACCGAGAUGCGUUCCCAUGCCGCUAUCAAGAAACCUGACAUAGGGAUAAGUAGAUGGAAUUUACGGUGACGAUACCCAGCCAGUUACUUUGCUGGAUUCGGGACAGAGA